AUGGCCGCUAAGUCGGACGGGAGGCUGAAAAUGAAGAAGAGCAGCGACGUGGCGUUCACCCCGCUGCAGAACUCGGACCACUCGGGCUCGGUGCAGGGCUUGGCUCCGGGCGUGCCGUCGGGCUCGGGAGCGGAGGACGAGGAGGCGGCCGGGGGCGGCUGCUGCGCGGACGGCGGCGGCAGCGGCUGCUCUCGCUGCUGCUGCUGCUGCUGCACCGGGAGCGGCGGUUCGGGCGGCGGCUCGGGGGGCUCCGGCGGCUCGGGCGGCGGGGCGGGCUCGGCUGCGCUGUGCCUGCGCCUGGGCAGGGAGCAGCGGCGCUACUCGCUGUGGGACUGUCUCUGGAUCCUGGCCGCCGUGGCCGUGUACUUCGCGGACGUGGGCACGGACAUCUGGCUCGCCGUGGACUACUACCUGCGCGGCCAGCGCUGGUGGUUCGGGCUCACGCUCUUUUUCGUGGUGCUGGGCUCGCUCUCCGUGCAAGUGUUCAGCUUCCGCUGGUUCGUGCACGAUUUCAGCACCGAGGACAGCGCCACGGCCGCCGCCGCCGCUGCCGCCGCCGCCGCCUCCGGCUGCCCGCAGCCAGGAGCGGAUUGCAAGCCGGUGGUCAGCGGCGGGGCUGCAGCUGGGGAAGGCGAGGCUCGUCCUUCCACGCCGCAAAGGCAAGCAUCCAACGCCAGCAAGACCAACAUCACCGCCGCCAACAGCGGCAGCAACAGCAGCGGGGCCACUCGGGCCGGCGGCAAACACAGGUCUUCGUCCUGCUCCUUCUGCAUCUGGCUCCUGCAGUCACUCCUCCACAUCUUGCAGCUCGGGCAGAUCUGGAGAUAUUUCCACACAAUAUACUUAGGUAUUCGAAGCCGACAGAGUGGGGAGAAUGACAGAUGGAGGUUUUACUGGAAAAUGGUGUAUGAGUAUGCAGAUGUGAGUAUGCUGCAUUUGCUAGCCACAUUUCUGGAAAGCGCCCCCCAGCUGGUCCUGCAGCUCUGCAUUAUCGUACAGACUCAUAGCUUACAGGCCCUCCAAGGUUUCACGGCAGCGGCCUCCCUCGUGUCUUUGGCCUGGGCCUUGGCCUCUUACCAGAAGGCCCUGCGGGACUCCCGAGACGACAAGAAGCCCAUCAGCUACAUGGCCGUCAUCACCCAGUUCUGCUGGCACUUCUUCACCAUCGCCGCCAGGGUCAUCACCUUUGCCCUCUUUGCCUCGGUUUUCCAGCUGUACUUUGGGAUCUUCAUCGUCCUUCACUGGUGCAUCAUGACCUUCUGGAUCGUCCACUGUGAGACGGAAUUCUGCAUCACCAAAUGGGAGGAGAUUGUGUUCGACAUGGUGGUGGGGAUCAUCUACAUCUUCAGCUGGUUCAACGUCAAGGAAGGCAGGACACGCUGCAGGCUCUUCAUUUACUAUUUCGUGAUCCUUCUGGAGAACACGGCCUUGAGCGCCCUCUGGUACCUCUACAAGGCCCCCCAGAUCGCGGACGCGUUCGCCAUUCCCGCGCUGUGUGUGGUGUUCAGCAGCUUCGUAACGGGCAUUGUUUUCAUGCUGAUGUACUACGCCUUCUUUCACCCCAACGGACCCAGGUUUGGGCAGUCCCCGAGCUGUGCUUGCGAGGACCCCGGCGCUGCCUUCCCGCUGCCCCCCGAAGUGGCCAGCAGCACGCUGAGGUCCGUCUCCAACAACCGCAGCGUCGCCAGCGACCGCGAGCAGAAAUUGGCCGAGCGCGAUGGGUGCGUGCCCGUCUUUCAGGUGAGGCCCACGGCCCCGUCCACCCCCUCGUCUCGCCCGCCACGGAUCGAAGAAUCCGUGAUUAAAAUCGACUUGUUCAGGAAUAGGUACCCGGCGUGGGAGAGACACGUUUUGGACCGAAGCCUGCGAAAGGCCAUUUUAGCUUUUGAGUGUUCCCCGUCUCCUCCGAGGCUGCAGUACAAAGAUGACGCUCUUAUCCAAGAGCGGCUGGAGUAUGAAACCACCUUAUAAAGCAGAAGGACUUGCGGGAGCCACAAGGUCUGGGCUGAGAGUUGACAGCUGGGCUGUGGCGAGGAUGAAACUUCGUCUCAGAAUAGGGGCACGAGCUGUAACGUUCUCAGUCCAGCAUCAAUGUGAUUAUCCAUUGAUCCACUGUCAGCUGCUGGGAGGCUGCCCCUUGUCUUGCAAAUGGCAGCACCUGAGCAGCUCUGGCUUCUCCACCUGAAGGAAACCACCACCUGCUGAGGACACCUUGUUGCUCCCAAACUCCUCCAGCAUGAUCUUUCAACAUAUCCAUGAGAGGGUAUUCUUAUGAUGGAAAUGUUUGCCUCAAAUCAAUAGGGUGUUGUGAUGGAGUUAAUUGAUCUUUGCAUAAAAAUAUAUUCAGUCUCACACACAUGUACACACACCAGGCCUCUGUCAAAAUAGCUUAGGUGAUUUUUCUGGAGGCAAAGCUCUGAUAUUCACAGAGAGAUAAUCUAUCUAUCAAGUCUCCAGGAAAAAAAAAAAAAAUAGUACUGCUUAGAAAACAAUUCACAAAACAUUUUCUCAUCUGGAAAUGAACCCCGUGUCGUGCAAAGCCUAUCCAAUGGACAGCCAAUGCAAGUGUUUUACACGCAUCUUAGAUUGACAGAAUGGCUAGCUUUCUACACCCUUCAGGAUUUGUUUUUUGUUUACCAUUCUCAGUUGAGAACAUCCCGUAUGACAGAAAUCCUAUGCAGCACGUGGACGGCUUUCAACAAUACCAAGGAGCUUGAGAACUUAGUGAUGUCAAUUAAAUGAUAAUCAUGAUUCAGUAUUCAGCAGUGGAAAUUGAAUCAAAACACACAAAGAGGAAGUGGGAAAAAAGGCAAGAUGGAAGUUUGGUUCUGUGGCCAGUGCAGCACGCAUUGGAAUAAGGGCA